AUGGCCGCCACCCAGCUGGCCGGCUUGGGCUUCAAGCUCUUGCGGCGAGAGGCUGAAGAGGAUGAUCCCGAAGAGGGAGAUUCCGCGCAGAAAGAGCUCUUCGCAGCAUGGGCUCUCUUCAUAUCCAUCAUGUUGCUCAUCAUCGCCUUCUUCACAAGCUACAUGCUCCAGCAGAAGAAGGUGACGGCGAUCCAUGAGACAGUCAUAUCCAUCUUUGCAGGAAUGGUGGUCGGCCUUGUUCUGCUCAUCACUUCCGGCGACUCCAUCCGAAACCUCAUCAGCUUCGACUACCAGAUCUUCUUCAACCUCCUCCUACCGCCCAUCAUCUUGUCCUCCGGCUACGAGCUGCACCAAGCCAACUUCUUCCGAAAUAUCGGCACCAUUUUGACAUUCGCAUUUGCUGGAACAUUUCUGUCCGCCGUCGUCAUUGGGCUGAUCUUGUGGAUCUUCAACUUGGUUCCUGGGUCCUUGAAAUUGACUCUUGUUGAUGCCAUUUCGGUCGGCGCAACCCUCUCCGCCACCGACCCCGUCACCAUUCUGGCCAUUUUCAACACGUACAAGGUCGAUCCUAAGCUGUACACCAUCAUCUUUGGCGAAUCGAUUCUCAAUGACGCCAUCGCCAUUGUCAUUUUCGAAACCGCGCAAAAGUACAACAAGGGCGAGGCCAACUAUGGCAUCAUCAGCUUCUUCGAGGGUACCGGCAUCUUCUUGCUCGUUUUCUUCAGCAGUAUGCUUAUCGGUGUCAUCGUGGGUGUCGGUACGGCUCUGCUGCUCAAGUUUACCUACGUGCGGAGGUUCCCCAAGAUUGAAAGCUGUUUGAUCAUUUUGAUCGCCUACGCUACUUACUUCUUUUCACACGGUCUACACAUGUCUGGUAUUGUGUCACUGCUUUUCUGCGGUAUCACUCUGAAGCACUACGCCUACUUCAACAUGUCGAGGCGCACGCAACUUACCACCAAGUACAUCUUCCAAAUCAUGUCCCAGCUAUCUGAAAAUUUCAUUUUCAUUUACCUUGGUCUGGCCCUUUUCACAGAUAAUGCCCUGCAGUUUGAACCUCCUCUCAUUAUUGUUACCAUCUGCGCUGUCUGCGCUGCUCGCUGGGUUGCAGUCUUUCCUCUGUCAAAGGCGAUCAACUGGUUUAUUCGCUAUCGCGCGCGAAGGCGAGGCCUGGAAGUUGGCGAUGAGCUCCCCUACAACUACCAGGCCAUGCUAUUCUGGGCUGGUCUGCGUGGUGCCGUCGGUGUGGCUCUGGCUGCCCUUCUCACUGGUGAAAACUCAUACGCCCUUCGGGCCACCGUCUUGGUCGUCGUGGUCCUGACUGUCAUCAUCUUUGGCGGAACCACGGCUCGCAUGCUGGAGAUUCUCGGUAUCCGUACGGGCGUGGUUGAAGAGAUUGAUAGUGACGACGAGUUUGACAUUGAAUCAUUCGGCACCGGUCUUCAGAUCAAACGCUCCGGCUCUGCCAUUGGAUACAACCCUCGCCGCAACGGCAACGUCGCCUUGAACAACCUGAGCGCGCCUGCAGACAGUUCCGCAGCCUAUGUAUCUGGCCACUCUUCGCCUCACACGGGCGUCAAGCCGAACAACCUAAGCCGCAAGAACUCUCUCCGCAACCCUACCGACAGCGAGCGAGCCGAUCUCCUACGAGCCAACGCCGAAGAUUCUGACAUUGGUAGCGACAUUGACAUAUCAGACUUGCCGCCCCCUGCCGCUCGUCGCUCUCCUCGCCCGCCCGUCAGCCCCAACCCGCCAGGAUCCGAGGGCAGCGCCUUCAUGAGUCCCGCCGAGCCAGCGUCAAACUCUACUCCCAUAACGGCCUCUGGGGCAUUCCGGCAAUUGCUCUCGACUGAAGACCCGGCUAGCUUGUUUAGACAGCUGGACGAGGACUUCAUCAAGCCUCACUUAUUACUUCACGGAGAUGGCGGCAGAGGCGGUGGUAAUGGAUCGGGGGCUGUAUAA